AUGCCCACCACCACCUCCUCCUCCUCCCCCAGGCCAGAGGGGUACUGGGCGGGGUGUGUGUUCCUGUUCCUCUGCCUGAUGAUGCCCGCCGUGCCUGGUGCCAACCUGCUGUGCUACUACAGCUACAUCACUCCCAGGAACAAAAGUGUGGAGCUCAUCCUGUCGGAGUGUCCUCCGACCAAGCUGUGCUUCACCGCUGACGGGCGUUAUGGCAACUACAGCGCGCUCAUCGCCCGGGGCUGCAUGUGGAAGGCAGACUGCAGCAAGGUCCACCCCCAUGUGCUUCGAGGAACCAGGUUCACCAUGCAGUACGCCUGCUGUGAUUAUAACUACUGUAACUCGGGCCCUCGUGUUACGGCCUGUUCCUUUCCCCUCAUACUUACCCUGCUGCUGGUCAGCGCACAAACCUGA